AUGUUAAGCCAGUUUAGCGUCCUGAUUUGCGUGGUACUCCAGGGGUUAGCGUAUUGCUGCGAGGUACCGAGUGAGACCACCGUCGGCGGUACUCACGCAAAGGCGUUAGUUCAAGGAACCAUCUGUCCAGGAGAUGUAAUUUUCGAAGAAACUUUCGACAUUUUCGAUUUGAGAAAGUGGUCCCACGAAAUUACACUGGCUGGCGGCGGGAAUUUAGAAUUUCAGUACUAUACCAACAACAGAAGUAACAGUUUCGUAAAUAAAGGAUACCUGCAUAUACGGCCGACAUUUUUAUCCGACGAAUUCGGCGAGGCUUUCCUCAGUUCGGGAACGUUGGAUGUCAAUGGUGGCUCACCUGCGGAUCAAUGUACCAACGCCAUGUCGUAUGGCUGUAUGCGAAUAGGGACUCCGAGUUACAUCCUGAACCCCAUAAAAAGUGCCAGAAUCAGAACGGCGGAUUCGUUUUAUUUCAAAUACGGAAGGGUCGAAAUUAACGCCAAAAUACCUUCAGGAGAUUGGUUGUGGUCAGCCAUUUGGAUGUUACCCCGCUACAACCGCUACGGGGAUUGGCCGGCUUCUGGCGAAAUCGACAUACUCGAAAGUAGGGGAAAUAAAAACUUGGUAUUGAACGGCGUCAACAUCGGCACCCAACAAGUGGGCAGUACCCUGCAUUGGGGACCGAACUAUAACUAUAAUAGAUACCCGCAGACCCAUUACGAAAAGAACUCCGACCAAGGCUACGACACGGAUUUCCACAAGUACCAAGUCGAAUGGACCCCCGAUAAAAUCGCAUUUUCAGUUGAUGGUGUCGAAAUUGGAACAGUUAAACCCGAAGAUAACUUUUGGAAUUACGGCAACUUUCAAAAUAUCAACCUGGAUAAUCCUUGGGGAUCGGGGUCCAAAAUGGCACCCUUCGACCAAGAAUUCUUCCUGAUCAUUAACCUUGCUGUGGGCGGUAGUUUGGACGAGAGGGCCACCAAUCCGGGCGGAAAACCUUGGUCCAACAUGUCUCCCACGUCCGCCACCGAUUUUUGGAACGCCAAGAACCAAUGGGGCCCCACUUGGAACAUUCAGGAGGGAAGUUCCGAUCUGAUUGUGGACUACGUGAAAGUUUUCGCCAUAUAA